AAUGGGCGGGGUGCGAGAUCAGGCGAAACAAGUAGCUGAAGGAGCAACAGAGCAGAGCUCGAGCCGGAUCGGAGCGGCCAUGGAGUGAGUGAGAAGUGGACGAGGAGGCACCCAACUCCUAUCAGAGGACAGUUCCAUGGAUGCUGGACAUUCUACAGUUGUUCGCCCAAGUGGCCAUUCAUCAUGUGUGAGUCUAGAUGGCAUUCAGGGUCACAGGCUGGGAAAACAUCAUCAGGAUGAUGCAAGAGGACUACCAUGCACUAUGGAAGCAGUUGGAGCAGAAGGAGAGAAUGAAAAAACCCUGAUGAGGCUGAAAAAGCAAGUGGCAGACUUCCAACACAGUUUGCAGAAUGCUGAGCUUCAUGGAGAGAUCAGAGACUUACAAGGAUUAACAACAGCAAAUAAUGAUGAAACUCAGCCAGUGACACCAGGAAAAAUGAGUCUGCGCCAGGGAAGAGAAGCAUUACAUCCUCAAACUAAAGAGUUAGUCCAUUCAUCACUCAGCCCUGGAAUUGGCAGCAAUCAUGGUUUGGACAAAGGGAGAGAUGAUGCGUCUCUCUCAAAGGAUGAUGCUGCACACACAAUAUCAAAAAGCAAGUCAGAAUCCAAACUUUACAAUGGAACAGAAAAAGAUCUUGUCUCACCUGGGAGCAAACUCACAAAAAAAGAAUCUCUUAAGGUUCAAAAGAAAAAUUACAGAGAAGAGAAAAAAAGAGCCACAAAGGAAUUGCUCAGCAGUAUUACUGAUCCUUCUGUAAUAGUGAUGGCAGACUGGCUAAAGAUUCGUGGAACUUUAAAAAGUUGGACAAAGUUAUGGUGUGUACUGAAGCCUGGAGUGUUGUUGAUCUACAAAACCCCAAAGAAUGGCCAGUGGGUGGGAACAGUGCUUCUGAAUGCUUGUGAACUCAUCGAACGGCCAUCAAAGAAGGACGGCUUUUGUUUUAAAGUCUUUCACCCUUUGGAACAGUCUAUUUGGGCUGUAAAGGGUCCUAAGGGAGAAACUGUUGGGUCAAUAACUCAACCACUGCCCAGUAGUUACCUGAUAUUUCGAGCUGCUUCAGAAUCUGAUGGAAGAUGUUGGAUGGAUGCUUUGGAACUUGCGCUGAAGUGUUCAAGUCUCCUUAAACGAACGAUGAUUAGAGAAGGCAAAGAAUCUGAUCCAUACACCUCGGAAAACUGCCACGUGGCGCUUUUUGGUCUACUGCGAGCAAAUGCUCUCCAAAAUCCAGAGCAUGACCAGUUAAAUGAAAGUGAGAUAGAACAGCAGCACUUCAGAGACCAUGACCUUUACUCGGAUAAGUCAGAUCGUGAGAAUGAGCCUGAUCAUGAGGAAUCAGAUAAUGAUGCACUCGAGAAAAGCGGAAAAAGUGAGGAAAGUGACUCUGACAUAUCAGAAAAACAUGAUGACCUGUACAGUGAUCUGCAGCCUGUUAAGGAAACAAGUUACGUUGAAGAAAGCCAUGAAGAAUUGGGAGAGACAGGUGAAGAUUCUCAGACAGAAGUUGUAUCUGAAGAAAACAAAAGUCUGAUAUGGACUCUCCUGAAACAAGUUCGGCCAGGAAUGGACCUCUCGAAAGUAGUGCUGCCUACAUUUAUCCUGGAGCCGAGGUCAUUCCUAGACAAGUUAUCAGACUACUACUACCAUGCAGACUUUCUAUCACAGGCUGCAGCAGAGGAAAACCCAUACAGUCGCUUGAAGAAAGUGACAAGAUGGUAUUUGUCUGGCUUCUACAAAAAACCAAAGGGGUUGAAAAAACCAUACAAUCCAAUUAUUGGUGAAACAUUCCGGUGUAUGUGGAUUCACCCAAACGCGAACAGCAGGACGUUUUACAUUGCAGAACAGGUGUCUCAUCACCCUCCUGUGUCUGCAUUCUAUGUCAGUAAUAGAAAAGAUGGGUUUUGCAUCACUGGCAGCAUCUUGGCCAAAUCAAAAUUUUAUGGUAAUUCAUUAUCUGCCAUAUUAGAUGGUGAAGCUAGACUUUCAUUCCUCAACCGAGGAGAAGAUUAUAUGAUGAGUAUGCCCUAUGCUCAUUGUAAAGGAAUUGUUUAUGGUCCAAUGACUCUUGAACUUGGAGGCCAUGUUAAUAUCACUUGUGAGAAAACCGGGUACAGUGCAAUCAUUGAAUUUAAAUUGAAGCCAUUUUUAGGCAACAGCAACAAUGUUAACCAAAUAUUUGGAAAACUCAAAUUGGGAUCAGAGGUUUUGGCAACUCUGGAAGGACACUGGGAUGGUGAAGUAGUGAUUAAUGACAAAAAGACUGGUGUAUCAGAAGUAUUCUGGAACCCCACAUCUGAAAUCCGACAGCAGAGACUAACCAGGUGCACUGUGCUAUUUGAUGAGCAGGAAGACAUGGAGUCAGCAAGAUUGUGGCAACAUGUAACCCGUGCAAUACACAACAAGGACCAAAAUGAAGCUACUAGUGAAAAGUUUAUCCUGGAAGAAAAUCAACGUAAAGCUGCCAAACAGCGGAAAGCAAAGGGAGAGGAAUGGAUCCCUCGCUUGUUCGAACAAGAUCUAGUUACCGGAGAGUGGCAAUACAAAUAUGCAGACACCCGGCCUUGGGACCCACUCAAUGACCUCAUUCAGUAUGAAAAAGAAGGUGUCAUCCAGUCCAAAGUUUGGCACCGAACUCCAAUGGUACGUUCUGCCAGUAUAAUUAGUCUCAGUAACCAAGGGGGAAGGAAAGACAAUUACAAGCGUCAGGUCUCUGCACCAAAACGUACCCGGAAUAAGAAAAGUGGGCAGCAGAGUCCUGAAAGUGGAUGCUCCAGUCCAGAACUUGAUCAGCAAGACUCAUCGGAGAGUGAAAAGCAAAAGACAGCGAAGCACAGCACAAGGCUGAGGAAGAAAGCGAAUGAUCUUAGUGAAAUUCUGAGUGCCAUAGAUUCAAUAAAGCAUGCACAGGAGGAGAUCAACAGAAGUUUGACAGCUCUGAGGACUCGAACAGUGACAAGCCAGUCUAAUGCAACUCACUCGCUUUUGCAGCACAGAGACUAUGUGGUUAUUAUCUUCCUUAUUCUGCUUCAAAUUAUUAUUAAUUCCAUAUUCAAUUAACCAUGACCAGAAUCAAACCACAGCCAUAUAUCAGACCAACCUGGAUCAGUUUUCUUAAGGUUUGUUCUUCAUUAAAUGUAGACCACUAACUACAAGAGUGCCAGGCAUUACGUUGGACUAAAUGUGCUUCUAAUUUGAUGACAAAAUUCUUUGAACCAUUUUCAUUGCGUGUAUGAUAUUAUGUAUAUUUAGUUAUCCUACAGUCAAAUGCAAUGCUUCAAAACCUACUCUGUCUGCUCGCUAUGUUCCAUAUAUUACUGGCUAGAUAAAUUUUCACAACUGUGGUUAAACAGUUUCAGCAGAAGCCAUAAACUAAAUAAUGUGCAAAUGUCAGAAUAUCACUAACAGCAAAAAUACUCGUCCAAUAUACAGAAGUGCUUUUUGAAUAAUUUUUGAGUGCUGUUUUGAGAAUUCCAUUAACUAGGGUUUAGUUUAUGAAUGUUCAACUCCCUUAAAAGAGGCAAGUGAGCUUAGCAUAAAUGUUCAGCUUGGAGUGUAAAAUACUUUUAGCAGGGUCCAAAGUAUAUUUGUAUUUAAAAGGUCAAAUGUAUUAUUUUGCGGCAAGAUGUUGAAGAAUGUAAAGCAGUGCCUUCUUGAUGAUUUCACACUGGGGUGUGUUCAGUAUAUGCUAAUAACAAAUAUGAUGGGGCUGUGCCAUAGGGGAAAUUGCCUUAUAUCAUUCCAAAUGUGGAGUUUUGUCUUUAAGUUUAUUUUAAUGUCUCAAAUUGUCAUGACCAAACACUGCCAUUAAUACCUGUAUGGUAGCUUGUUAGAAUAGAUCUUAUUCUGGUCACCUACAGUAUAAUUAAUCUGAACAUAGCUUUAACAAGUUGAAUUUAUUUCUGACAUUACGACAAUUAUUCCUUUCAUGUGUACAUUUGGUUAUGUGUAAUUUAUUUUGUCUGUCCCAACCUGUAGAAAUACCAGGACUGCACUGUCAUUCCUAUUCUGGGUGUAAUAUACAAAGGUUAUUUCUGUAAAUUUAGAAUGUGUUCAAAGUAGCAUCUUUCUAAAUGUUAUUGUUGCAUCAACCUAUGGUGACUGUUUAAAAAAAUUAUGCUUUAAAGGACCAGUGUUGUACUUUUUAUGUAUUAAAAGAAGUUGGAAUGAGUGAUGGGAGAAAACCAUUGGUGGGAUCAUGUGAAAUGUUUUAUCAAUUAUACCUAUGUAUUUAUUCAUAAAACAAUCUUUUGUUAACUAAGAUUUAUCAAAGUUCUUUGUUUCCAUAAAUUCUGUAUUUUCGAAGAGUUCACUUGACCAAUAAAA